AUCAAGAGUGUGUACAAACCACCGGGCACAAGAACACAUACACAUCGGGUUUGAUCUUGUUCUGAGUGCUCGCCGUGUGCGAUCGCGUUCAGGCCGCUGAAGCAGCAGGGUGACAUGCUGGCUGACCAGGGCCCUGCGGUGCAUCCUGGCAUCUCUCAUCAUUCCUGCACACGGCCCUCGUGUUCCUGGUUCUCAUGGCUCAGCUGAGUGGGAGUGAGCUGAGGAAGCAGAAUUUCUUUGCGAAGCCAGAAGGAAGCACACAGUUUAAGAACCCGGUGGCCUUCCACGUUGGCGGUGACCUCGCCCGGCGCCUGGGAAAUGCGGGUCCUCGGGGUUCGCACCGCCCACCAGCUCCGGGCUGUGCCGCCGGUCACAGCCCCCAGGCUCUGAGCAGCGUCCGCCGGGACACCCACCGCGGCCCCCAGGCCGAGCGUUUGCUGCCCGAGCCCCCUGUGUGGCGCCCACGCGUGAGGAUGCGCGCCCCUGUCGGGGGGCUGCUUGCUGCCCUCGCCAUGCUGUUUGGGAUGGCGGUGGCGUUUGCACCCAAACCCAGGAUCACCUGGGAGCACAGAGAUGCACCUGGCACUGUGCGCACCCGGCUGCCCCCUCACCCGCCUGCUCUCCGUGUUUCACCCCCGCAGGGCGGAAGGUUUGUCUACGCGGGCUCCAGCUCGGGCGUGGUACAGGCCCCCGUGGCCUUCUGCGAGAAGCAUGCCACCUGCAAGGACUGCGUGCUGGCCCGAGACCCCUACUGCGCCUGGAACCGGGCCACCGAGGCGUGCGUGGCCCUGCAGCCAACAGACGGCCCCAGCAGGGAUUUGAUUCAGCAGAUGAGCGGUGACACGUCCGCCUGCCCGGAUGAAACUAAAAGUUUCCGGCAGCAUUUUUUCAAGCAUGGUGGCACAGCAGAACUGAAAUGCUCCCAAAAGUCCAACCUGGCCCGGGUGGUGUGGACGUUCCAGAACAACGCGCUCGAGCCCAAGGGCCCCAAGUACAGCCUGGUGGGCAGGAAGAACUUGCUCAUCUUCAACCUGUCGGAGGGCGACAGCGGGGUGUACCAGUGCCUGUCGGAGGAGAGGGUCCGGAACAGGACGGCCCUGCAGGUGGUGGCCAAGCACGUUCUGGAGGUCAGAGUGCUCCCGAGGACCCCGGCGGCCUCCACCCUGCCGGCCGCCCGGGCCGAAGGGGACAGGACCCUCCUCAGAGUGUCGACGGAGCCCAUCCCAGGCCCCCCGGCCCAGACCCCGGCCCCGCCGCCGCCCAGCCCCGCGCCCACCGGCGUGUCCUGCAGACCCAAGACCGUCAUCAACACGGUCCCCCAGGUGCACUCUGAGAAGACCAUGUAUCUCAAGUCCAGUGACAACCGGCUGCUCAUGUUCCUGUUCCUGCUCUUCUUCGUGCUCUGUCUCUGCCUCGUUUCCUACAACUGCUACAAGGGCUACCUGCCCAGCCAGUGUCUGAAGUUCCGCUCGGCCGUACUGCUGGGGAAGAAGCAGCCCACGGCCGACUUCUCCGAGUUCGAGCAAAGCGUGAAGGAGACGCUGGUGGAGCAGGGCAGCUUCUCCCAGCAGAACGGGGGGCAGCCCAGGCCGGCCCUGGACACCGGCUACGAGACGGAGCAGGAUACCAUGGCCAGCAGGGUGCCCACCGACAGGGAGGACUCACAGCGGCUCGACGACCUCCCGGCCCGGGACAGGCCCUUCGACGUCAAGUGUGAGCUCAAGUACGCCGACUCGGACGCGGACGUGGAUGCGGACUGAGGCGCCCACGCGGAGGCCUCUGUUCACCGUCCGUCACCCGGCCCGGGGCCGCGUGGGGAGCCCAUGUCUGUGCACCUGUCUUCUGUGUCUUUUCUCUCGGGUCAAGCUUGUGAUUUGGUUUCUCUUUGUCCUUUUGGAAAGCGGCGAGCAGCGCGUCCUGGCCUCCCGCGGUGGGCCGCGGUCUGGGACGGGCCUGCGAGCGGUAGUGCCGGCUCCCUGAGCCCCGUUGCGGUGGCCCGCGGACCCCCGCGCCUGGCACGCCCCCUCCUCAGAGCAGUGGCCCCUGAAAGAGCAUUUCAUUCCAGAUUGGAAAUGGCAUUUUUGUUUAUCAGAUUGGUAACUUAGCGCCUGUUGUCCAGAUUGGCACGAACCUUUUCUUCCACGGGAUUAUUUUGUAGGGUUUUACUUUUCUUGUGUUAGGUCAUUUAUUUUUUAAAUUACGAAAGCAGAUGUUUUAAUAUUUAGUAGAUGUACAUCUUCUGGAUUCUGUUGUUAUGUGAGGAUAGGAUAGAGCUUACGUUGCUUACGAUUCUCAGGGAUAAACUUACUUUGGCUAAAUGCCUUCUUUCUGCUUUUAGAAACGUAGACAAAACCAUCUCUUGAACACACUUUUUUUUUUUUUAAUUUUAUUCCUUGAGGGAAGCAUCAUUUUCAGAGAGAUUUUCUUUCUAUACUUUUUUUUUUUCUGUUUUAACUCUUUCGAAGAAGAGAGGACAGUGGGGGGCUAUCCCGUGAGCCAGGCAGGGUCUUCAGGGUCUGUGGCGCCGCCAGGCCCGGAGCUGAGGGGGCAUGCGUCUCACGAUCAGAUGCCCACAGCCGCUGCUCGAAACCUCCCAUGCAGACGGACAACUGAACACAGCUGUCCACACCUACAAGCGAGCUGGGCGGUGGUGGCCAGACAAGCCUGUGUCUCAGCACCCCACGGAGCCACGGGGUGGACCCGCGUGGCCUGGCGCGGCCUCUUGAGGUGCAAACGGGCGAGGCGGUUUGACCGCGGUGACAUCACGCUCCACCUGCUGCUUCCCCCACACCUGCAAGAGGAGGCUCUCUUUCCGUGGCAAAGAGCAAUAAAAUGGAUUUCUGUGUCCCUGUGUGGACAGCGUCCUCUUCAGCAUGAUAGGACUCAACUGUCUUGGUGUAAACGUUUGUGUUUUAUAAGAUUUACUUUGUUUUUAUUUUUCUACUUUGAAUUGUAUACAUUUGAAAAGUAACCGAAUAAAUGAGCAGCUUACAUCCCUGA